CGUACUUGGAUUCCUCAAGCAGGAAUGGGAAGAGGGAUUCUCCCAACACCACAGGGCAUGAAUACUACUUCUGCCACAUCUAGAAGGGUUCCGACUUGUUUCUAUUGCAACAAGAGGGGUCAUGUAAAGUCAGAAUGUUGGCACAAUCUGCAGAACAAAAAUAAUCAAAUUAGACGUGAGAACAAGGCAGCAGCAGGGUCAGCUUCAUCAUCAUCUGGAUCUAAUGUUUCAGCAGACGUACAACAACUCCUCAUGACAGCCCUGUCUAAGCUUCAUUUGAAACAAAACGAGCAAGGAGAAUGGUAUGUGGACUCUGGAGCAGCAGCUCAUGUUACUGGUGACGCAGGAUGCUCGAACCAAGAAGACAUUCGCUGAGGGCACUCGCAAAGGAGAUAUGUAUGUCCUUGAAGGAGCUCCACAGAUAUCAAAACCUCACCCUUCCGAUUCAUGUUUUCCAAGUCAUAGUGAAGUCAAUGUCACAGAGUAUAAUAAGCCAUCCAUUUGGCAUGGUCGGUUAGCUCAUUGUAGUCAAUCUUUUGUUUGAAAUCUUGUUGCAGACGGGCUCUUAGA